UAUAUUUUUACUUGCAUUUUUAAAUUUUGUUUUCACGCUUGUUAUUUUUUAAUCCGUGACUGCAAUACUUUACACGGGAAUCUGAUCCCAUACCAGCUGCACCUUAGUUUGAUUUAAUCCACCAGUACACUGCUAAAAUACAUGUAAUACAUUUCUAAUUACAUUACAAUUACAUAGUAUUACACAAACAUAAGCUACUUAAAAUGAAGUGGAUCAAGACUGUACUUAAGUGUACAAGUAGCUGUGUAGCAGACUCGGUCUGUAUGUGUAACAGUAGCUGCCUAUUACAUCUACAUAAUUACAAACUGUAAUUACAGGCUGUUCCAUAACUUAGUUACAUGGUAAGUACAUUUUGUUUCAUGCAAGUACAACUUGCAUGAAAUUUGUCGAGUUUUUCGUCAGGAGUCUUUUUUAAUUAUAUGUCAAAUAACCAAAAAAAAAAAAAAAAAAAAAAAUGAUAUGAUGUCAUUACGUUGCUGUCUUGCUGCCAGCCAGACAUUUUAAUCAAAUCUGCUAAUUCGUUUGAAGAACCAAAUUAGCCAGAGAUCAGUUAUCACAAUUAGAAGAUCUGGCAUCUUUCAAAUCAUCUCAGAUGUAUUAAGCAAUCGAGGUACGAAGAAUGGACCCCUGGUUACCCGUGCUUUGUUUUUAAAGACUCUUUAUUGGAUUCUCGUUUGUGUACUCUAUCUGUCCUUCAGCAACACUUUGUAACACAUAUCAGAUGAGGAAACUCAGGUGUUUAGGUGAAUGCUGUUAUUUACUGUGAUAUAGUAGUCAAUUAAUUCUGUCCAUUAAAGGAGUCAUUUAAUAUUCAUUAUGCCAUAUGAAUUGCUCUGUAAAUGGCAGAUAAAAACUUAGGUGGUUACAAACUAACCAACACAAAGUCUACCCACUCUGCAAUAAUUACGUAGAAUGAACAUUUGGUUUCUUUUUUCUUACAAGAUCAAACCAGAACUGUUGAAGACAACAUGGACAACACAACCACAGAAGAAAACAGAGAGAGAGACAGGGCCAAAACAGCCAAAGACCUUGGAACAAGAAGAAAAGAACAGAAAAAAGAAGUAGAGGAACUUUUUCACAGACUUCAACUUGAAGCCAAGUGCAACUAUAAACUGAGAGCUUCAGAUGUUCUUCAGAUAACUGCACAUUCAUUGCAGUCCCAUGGGUCUUGCACUGAGGAAGAACUGGUUUACAUGUUUUUACAAAAACUACUGAUGAUGAACUAUAAAGCCAGAAGUAUAACUGUUACAGAAACCACUAAGCAUCACAAUGAAAAACAACAAAAGGCCAAACAAUCAUCUGCAGCCAGUGUUGAUGUGUUUAGUGAACUUUUUGGAAGUCCAUCUUUGUCUGAUGAAAGUAAGAGCAACACAGACCCUGUUCACCCGAUGGAUGUUCAGAUGGCUGUGUUUCAUUGUGCUGAUGGUUUCCUGAAGCAGCUGAUGGUCACUAAACUGUCUCAGUGCCGAUACGCUCUGCCUCUGCUUGUUCCUGAUCCAUUCACACAACAGAUCGAGUUUCCUCUCUGGACAUUCAGAGAAAUUAACCAGAGCUGGAAGAUGAAAAACAACAACUAUGAAACCAUCAGUCAAACCCAGCCGGUCUGGAAGGCAGAAACUCCGAUGGUGUUUUUCUUCAGGUUUGGCUCGUCUUCAUCCAAGUCUCAGCUGAUGAACAGUCUGAUCAAUGAGAAACACCACACGUUCUUCCACAGAAACUGUCCAGGCAGCAGCAGAACCAGAGUCCUGAUGGACGGAGUGGUGGAGAUCGCCUGGUUCUGCCCUUCUGGGACACAUGAUGAUAAAUUCACAGACCGUGUUGCCUUCUGUAAUCUACACGGUGAUGCAGGAGAACAUGAGAAACAGCUGGAUAUACUGACUGAAAUGGCCUCAAUCAAUGUUGUUAUUUUACCACAACUGGACAGGAAUGACAAAAGAAUGACAAAAAUACAAAACCUUUACAAGGACCCAAAGCCACUGAUUUGCCUUCUUCCCGAGAAUGAUUUAGCUCUCACUGAGCAAAGGAAUAGAAAAUAUAAAAUUGGUUUGAAAGACAGAGGUCAGGCAAAUAUAUCUGAAGAUCUCAGAGAAGCCAUUAGAAAUUGUCUCUCAGAAUCUGCUUCCACUUUCAGACUUGAAGAUGUGUCCAAACACUCAGACAUCAGAGUAGAUGAGAAAGAUGAUGAUGACUGCAGGAGAGGAAAGGAGGCAGCACAACAAAUGAUAGGUUUACUAGAGAAGGAAGAGCUGACAAAAGCCAAAGACUCAUUUCUGCCCUGUCAGGGCGAACUGUGGCAUCAGUGGUGUAAGAUGAAUAAAGAGAUAAAUCGACCUCAAGGGAACCCAGAAAUGGAAAUUAGUAAAAAAAAAGUUGAGAUGAUGAAAAUCCGUGAACAGCAGCAUAAAUGUGACAUCAGUGAGUUUAUAAAUUUAUUCAUGAAACAAAUGAACUCACACGUCAAUACGUCAAUGUUUACGUCAAUGUUUUUUCUUAAAUGGCUCAGAAUCCUCCUGGAUGAAUAUACCUCAGCUGAUGUGUCUGAUCUACAUCACGAGUAUGACAAACUGUGGGCAGAAGUCUCAAAACUAAGUAAAAGCAGUAAUAAAUCUGCAGAACUGUUGCCUAAACAAACAGAACUUGUGGAAUUAUCUAAGAAACUUCAAGAUGCAACCUUUGGCUUGGAGCACAUCAUGAGAGAGAUCGGUCAGAUCUAUGAAUCAUGUUCAUCUGUGAAGAAGAAUAAGAAAGACGUGAAGUUUGACUUCUCUUUUCUCCCGAGUCUCGCAGCACAGAUGAUGAUUUCUGGAUUUCCACUGGAGCUGAUGGAUGGAGAUGCUGCUCAUGUUCCUGUGAUCUGGAUCUCUGCUGUUCUAGAUCAACUCAUCCAGAAACUGGGAGACCAGAGAGUCUUUGUUCUGUCGGUUUUAGGGCUUCAGAGCUCUGGGAAAUCCACCAUGCUGAACGCCAUGUUUGGGCUCCAGUUUGCGGUCAGCGCUGGCAGGUGCACCAGAGGAGCCUUCAUGCAGCUGAUCAGAGUCUCAGACGAGAUGAAAACACAGUUGCACUUUGACUAUAUUCUGGUUGUUGAUACUGAGGGUCUUCGUGCUCCAGAACUCGCUGGAAGUUCAACAAGAGAUCAUGACAAUGAAUUGGCCACAUUUGUUGUUGGUCUUGGAAAUAUGACACUGAUCAACAUCUUUGGAGAAAACCCAUCUGAGAUGCAGGACAUUCUUCAGAUUGUGGUUCAAGCCUUCAUGAGGAUGAAGAAGGUCAGACUGAGUCCCAGCUGUGUGUUUGUGCAUCAAAACGUUGCAGACGUCACAGCUGGAGAGAAAAACAUGGAGGGAAGGAGACGACUGCAGGAGACACUGGAUAAGAUGACAAAACUCGCUGCUGAAGAUGAAGUCUGUGAUGCAGAACGUUUCAGUGACGUCAUCAGAUUUGAUGUACAGAAGGAUGUGAAGUAUUUUGCUCAGCUCUGGGAAGGCAGCCCACCCAUGGCCCCAUCAAACACCUCAUAUUGUGAAAAUGUUCAAAACCUUAAGGAAACUAUUCUUUCUCAUGUCUCAAAAUCAAACGGCAUGAUGUUGACAGACAUAAAUACUCACAUUAAAAAUCUCUGGGAGGCUUUGCUGAAGGAACGGUUUGUGUUCAGUUUCAAAAAUGCCCUGGAGAUCGCCGCUUAUAGGAGAUUGGAGACAGAAUAUAGUAAGUGGACCUGGAGUCUUCGGAAGACCAUGCUGGAAACUGAAAACAAACUACAGAACCAAAUAGAAAAUGGAGCAAUCGAUGUGGUUGAGGAAACAGAUCUUCAAAAAGAGCUAGAAAAACUCAAAAGUACAGAAGUGAAAAGAUCUAUGUCAGAAUUAUUUGAGAAAGACCCCAAUGCCAGUAUACUGAUUCAGUGGAAAACGUCUUUUGAAAUAAAAAUCUCAGACUUACAGGAAAACAUUAUUAGGGAAACACAGAGGAAACUGAAUGAAGUGCUUCAGCAGCGAGUCCUGAAGCAAAGGAUUGAUUCUCAGAAGACACAAAAUGAAAACGCUCUCCUUCAGAAGGCCAAAAAUCUUGCCUUAACUCUCAAAGACAAAGCAAAAGAUGAUAAGAUCCUGCAAAAUGAGUUUGAUAACUUUUGGGGAACCUGGUUGAAUGAGAUUAUCAGAAACACACCUCCAGUCCAAGACAUUGACAUUUCAAGAGAUCUGAGAGAUCUCCUCAGGGACAUCAGUGAAAGUUCCUCUGUACCAGAACACAGGACAGAAAGCACACAAUGUGAUGUCUUGGAGUUGUCAAGCUAUUCAGACUAUGUACAGGUUAAAAAAAACAAAAUUACACAACAAAUUACAAAUGUAUUUACAGGUACAAGGACUGAAUAUUCUAAAGAGGAUGACAACCAAAUAAGAAACUUACUUGCAGACAUAUUUCAACAAACAAACAAAAUGAUCAUGUCACAUAACAUUGCAAAGAUGGGCUACAACAAAAGCUACAUUCAAGAACUCAGUGGUUUCAUCAAGGCAAAAUUAAUAGACCAUGAGCAAAGACAACAGAAAUAUGUGUUCAAGAAACACUUCUUCAGUGACUUGGUACUUUCCAUAUGCAAGAGAGUACAAAAUACAUUCACUGAACAACACAAAAUCUUCAAGCAAGCCAAUGACCCUGUUCUCUAUUUUACAAGAAAAAGAGAAGAAUAUUACAGUAUUUUCCAGAAACACUGUCAGGGAGCAACAUCAGCUGCCAUUAUAGGAGAGAUCAUCUGUAACAAACUCAAAGAACCCAUUCAGCAGAGUGUCUACAAAAAAACUGCUCAAGAUUUGGCAGAUGAAAUGAAGACAAACUGUGAAUCACUGAAUGGAAACAGAUCUAAUCUGGAGAAACACAUCCUGAAGACACUGGCAGAAGAGGAGGAUUUUAAGGCAUACAUAACCUACAUUCAUAAUCCCAAAAAACACUUCAAGAGUUUCAUCAGAGAUGAAGUCAGUCGUUACAUAAAUGAUAACUUCAACAUCAGUGUUCUGCUCAAGAUGAAAGAUGAUUUAAGGCAGAAGGAGAAUCAGAUCAUAGAAGCAGUGCAGAGAGCAUCUGAAAAAGUUGAUGAAAACAGUGGAGAUGCUGAUCUGUGGUUCAUGAUUUUCAUGCUGAAUUUAUCAGAUGUGCUGAUAUUCUCUGAAAAGGACCUUAAAGGAGUGAGUUGUGAUGAUGUUGAUGUAAAACUUCUAGCAGAGGUAAUAAGAAAAGAACUUCCUUCUAUAAUAUCUGACAUAAGCAAUGAAUUCAGUACAGAACCUUUUCUACAGAAGCUGGAAUAUAAGGACAGGCCUGAUGAGAUUCUAAUUGAACACUUCUGUCAGUGCUGUUGGGUUCAGUGUCCGUUCUGUAACGCCGUCUGCACCCACACAGCAGAAGAUCAUGAUCCACAACCUCACAGUGUUCCUUUCCAUCGACCUGACGGACUGAAUGGGUGGCAUUAUAGAGGAACACAAACUCUGACUCCAGACUUUUGCACAACUUUAGUAGCAAGUACUAAGAGAUUUUAUCGAUCUAAAGGAUUGUUUCCAUAUAAAGAUUACAAAUCAGCAGGAGGUGUUUAUGCUGAAUGGAGCAUCACCCCUGACCUCACUGAGCUGCCGUAUUGGAAGUGGUUUGUCUGCAGAUUCCAGAAAGAGCUGGAAAAUCACUACAAUAAAACAUUUCAGAAUGAGGGUGAGAUCCCAGAUGAAUGGAGAGACCACACAAAACAGGAUGCUAUUGAGAGUUUGGACAAAUACUUCUGAACAAGCAUAAUGAACAAUGAGUGAAAAAAAAUGAAUUAUUAUUUUUUUAAUUCUUUGAUUUAAGUCGUUAUGAAUAUUAUUUUAGUUUAAGAAUACCUUUGAAGAAAAAGGUAGACUGUUAGUGUUAGGUUAUAAAAGUUAUAAAGCUUUUUUAAAAAGUUUGAUCUAUCUACUCUACAAGAUAAAAACACUUUACUAAUCAUUAAAUGCAACUAAUCACUUCUUUAUAAUAUGGAGUUCUGAAUUUUUGCUUUUGAUAACAAUUGAAAUUGUUUUUACAUGUUUAUAUGAAACUUGAAGAGGAUCUUUUUAUCUCAUUGUUAUUAGCAACAAUUAUUUCCUACAUAUAUACAAAAUACUUAUGUUUGACAAAAUGUGUCAAAAACUGCAGUAAAUGAGUCAUUUGAAAUGAAUUAUUUUAAAUUCUGCUAUUAAUUACAUUCAGUACAGGUCUGAUAGUUUCUGAUUAUGAUUUAUUUUGCCACUUUCACUGAUAUUAACAGAUGUGUGAUCUAUGAGAUUAAAGAAAACAACCCUGUCUCGUUUGCCUUAAAAUGUCUUAAAAUUAUGUAAAUUCUGAAUAAAGAUAAAAUUCAAAUUCUU